AUGAUGCAAAGAAAUGCCACCAAGGUGACUGAGUUCUAUCUUUUGGGAUUUAGUGGCCAACAGCAGUACCAGUCUGCCCUCUUCAUUGUAUUUUUUGUGAUCUACAUGACGUCCAUGGUGGGUAACACUGGGAUGAUCCUGCUCAUCAACACAGACCCCAGACUCCAAACACCCAUGUACUUCUUCUUGCAACACCUGGCUUUCGUUGACAUCUGCUACACAUCUGCUAUCACUCCCAAGAUGCUCCAAAACUUCAUAGUAGAAGACAAAUCCAUAUCAUUUGGAGAAUGUGUUCUGCAAUUUCUGAUCUAUGGAACAUUUGUAGUCAGUGACUGCUACCCCCUGGCAGCUAUGGCAGUGGACCGUUAUGUAGCCGUCUGUAAGCCGCUUCGCUACCCCAUAAUCAUGUCCCGAACAGUCUGCAUCCAAUUGGUAACUGGUUUGUAUCUCACAGGGUCAGUAAACGCCUCUUUACAUACAGGUUUUAUGUUUUCCCUGUCUUUCUGUAAGUCCAACAUCAUCAAUCACUUUUUCUGUGAUGGUCCCCCGAUUCUUGCCCUCUCAUGUUCAAACAUUGACAUCAACAUCAUGUUAAUGUUUGUCUGUGUGGGGUUCAAUUUGACACUCACUGUGUCGGUCGUGAUCUUCUCCUACAUCUGCAUCCUGGCCACCAUCCUAAAGAUGUCCUCUGCUGCGGGGAGGAAGAAGACC